AUCGAAAACAUCAUGGUGGACUCGUGUGUGUGUGCAUGGUGCUAGACUUGGAUUAAAACGUCGACCAUAUGGAAUAUAUGUCGAAAAGCUGACCAUUAAAUACGAGCUAAUGUCAUCAUCCGUGUCACAGCCUCUCUGCAGUAGGACAGAAUGCUUCGCAGAUCCAGGAUCAGUGUUCGUCCGAACGUCAGGCCAGCAGGCAGAGGGCCAGCCCCAGCCUCCUCCCAGGACACUCCACCUUCCCAGGAGGCUCCAACUGCAGUCUCCGAGGACCUUCCCCAGGCAGGGGGCCAGUGCGUGAAGGACACCACCACAACUGCAGUGCUAGAAGCCUCCACAGAGUCCACCACACCCAGAGAGGAUGGAAAAGACCCAAAUGGCGAGGCUUCCAGCAGCACCCCCUCUGCCGGUCUUCAAAGGAGGAAGCGGUUCUCUGUCAUGCCAAACCUUGCCAAACCCCGGGUGGCCGCCACCCCAGCCCUCACCCGCUCCUCCCCCAGGACCCCCAAGUCCCCUGUGAAUGCGGGCACUGAGACUCCAGCUCCAACCCCUGAGGCCCCCAGCCAGACUGAUUCUGGACUCCCACAGGGAAUGAGAUCCCCAAGGCGGAGGCCCUCUGGAGGUAGUAGGCAGGCCAAAGGACAGCCCAAACCCAGGCCACUGUCCCCAGCUUCCCCAGGCCCUACAACAACCUCUCUGGGGAAUGUGGCAGUGGAGAACUCAUCCUCUUCACAACAGACCCCGCAGGCAGCAGGCAAAGGCAGCAUCCAAUCAGAUCUCCUGGAAAAAACACCAAUCAUUAAAGUUCCAUCCACUCCGUUAGAGAUGGUCCCAUCGUCCUCCCUUCCAGACAAAGAGGGUAUCUCAGUAUCAGAGAGAGCUAAGACUCUGGUCGCCAGGUCUGUGUCUGGUGGGCUCACCGGGCUGGCACCAGGGAAGUCCAGGCUUAGCAGGUUCCUGAAUGACCCAACAGACCUACAGAGGCUGGCUAAGGCCCGGAAGCUCAGAGAGCUGCUGAGACAGGAGAUGAACAAGGAAAAGAAACGGAGCAAAGCCAAGGUGUGUGUGAGCGAAUACACACUAGAUCCCUCUAAAAUGACCAUGAGAGAUCUCAUCUACUACCUGCCUGAUACCAACCCCAUGACGUCUUAUCUGGUAGAGGAACAGAGUGAGAAUGAGACUGUCCUCCCACUCACCCCACCAAGAGAAGAGUCACCUGAAAGACCCCCAACACCGGAGGCCCCAGCUGAGAUAGCCAGCCAGGGAGAUGAAGAUGAAGAUGAGGAUGACGAUGGGGUGAUGGUCCCGCGGGUGAAGGUGGCAGAAGACGGCUCUCUGAUCAUCGAUGAGGAGAGUUUGACGGUGGAGGUCUUGAGGCAGAAAGGGCCCAACCCAGCUGAUGAUAGAGACCCCAUCUUUGAGCGUGGCUCCACAACCACCUACUCAAGCUUCAGGAAGGGGACACACGUCAAGCCCUGGUCCAACAAAGAGACGGACAUGUUCUUCCUGGCCAUCAGUAUGGUGGGAACAGACUUCUCCAUGAUUGGACAGCUGUUCCCUCACCGCGGUCGCACCGAGAUCAAGAACAAGUUCAAGAAAGAGGAGAGAGCAAACAGCUGGAGGAUAGACAAGGCCUUCAAGGACAAACGCAGGCUGGACCAUGAGUUCUUCACUAGCCUCCUGGAGAAGAUCUUGGCUGCAGAGGCAAAGAGGAACAAAAAUAACAAGUCCCCCACAGAAAAGAUAAGGAUCAAGAAAAAAAUCAAACAGAAAGAAAAGAAAGCAGCGAAGCAGCUGAGCGACGUGGAGGAGGAGGGGUUAGACGCGGAGAUGGACACAGAGGAGGUGGAGGGAGAGAAGGAGAACGAGAACGUCUCUAACGAAGGGACCACGCUUUCUUCCGCUCCCGCCCCUAAGAGAAAACGCAAAAGUAGGGAUGGUGGAGGAGAGUCCUCUCCUGAAGAAGCAAAGGAUGGAAAGAAAAAGAAGAUUGACCUAAUAACAAGUGAUCAAGAAGAGGCUGGUGUACCUGAAGAUUCUGAGGCAGGGCCUCCAGAGAGUUCAAAGCAGGUAGAAGGGCCUGUGGAAGCAGCCAAGGGACCUGUGGUGAUCAAACCAGCCCAGUUGUCCCGUGGCCGAUCCCAGAGACCUCUUCCUAACCUGGAUAGGAAGUGGGGCCAGAGGGGCCCCGAGCCCAAUACCAAGCCUAACGUUAAAGAUGGGGCCACACCUACAGAGGAGGAGAACACUGAAGAAGGGCUAUCUGAAGAACAGGUAGAUAAAGAUGCUUCCCCUUCAGUCAGUCAAAAGGAGAAGAAGAAAGCUGGUAAACUCUCUUCAUCUGAGGAAGAGGAGGAAGAAGCCAGCGAGAAACCCAUCAAACCCACCAGGUAUGGCAGAAUACCCAAAAAGACACAGCUCUUGAAUUACCCUGCAAAGGAGGAUGGGGACUCGCCCUCAGACUCUGCCCCUACUCCCACCUCAGACGGAUCCCCCUCCACCAUGCCCAAAUCCAAACCAGCUACCAGGAGGGCCAAAAUCAAACCUGGCCCAGCCCUGCCAGGUAGGAUGGGCCAAUCAGCGGCUAGGAAAUCCAAGCUGGUCACCCUCAGGGCGUCCCAGUCUGAAGAUGAGGAUGAAGAUGAGGAAGAAGUAGCAUGGAGAGAGGAGGCGCAGGCCGAGGAGGGCACCCACAAUCCCACAAGCCCAGAGGAGGAGAAUCAGGCACCUGCGUUCAUUCCCAUGAGCCUUCGCUCGCCACAACCUGUCGCCACAGAGGUUGAGGAGACCAUGGAGGAGCUCGAUAUCUCUGUCAACGUGCCUGAUGUCCUGGGCAUUUCCCAUGAUGCAUUCUGCCCUGACUCGUCAUGCGAGCGGGCACAGGGUGGUGAAAUGGGCACAGUGCCCUGUGAACAUCAGUUGGACCUGUUAGUCGAUGUGAUAGACUUCCUGUCUCCAGAUAACAUGGAAGUAUCUGAGGAGAGCUACAACGAGGCAGCUAGAACCCUUCUGGCCAUCGGCAACCUCACCCACCUGUCUCAGACGGCUGAGGCCUUUACUGCCGGAGCAGAUGAUAUCAUCACGGAAGAACGUUCCAAUGAGGACCAACUGUACCAGAUGACACCACAGCCCACUGACCAAUCACAAACUAGCACCAUUCCUUCUGAAUCUCUUAGGGUCACUGAGGCAUCACGAAUCGCUGAGGAUUCUGUACCUGUUGCCUCGUCAACAACAGCCUCUGUUCCUGUCACCACGACAACAGCCUCUAUCCCAGGCUCCAAAAUAACAGCCUGUGCCAUAAUUACCAUGGCAACAGCCUCAGUCCCAGUCACCACGACAACAUCCUCUCCUCCAGUCACCUUGACAACAACGGCCUCUAUCCGAGUCACCACAUCAACGGUAUCUGUCCCAGUGCCUCAGAGCAGUGAUACGCCCGAUCUAGAAACUCCACCCAUAGAGGAGGGGCCUCUCGGACAGAUGGAGGGGACUGAUAUUGGACACGCCUCCAAGAUGGAAUCAGGUUCUGAAGUGUCAGAGGGCUCAGAGCAACAAACAACCUCACAGACCAGGAGGAGCCACUUCCCUAAGGUCAAACCCAACCUGGGACGGGCUACCAGGACCACACAACCCAAACAGACGACCACUACACUGUCAGAACCAACACACACUACCACCACACUGUCAGGACCACCACAGACUACCACCACACUGUCAGGACCACCACAGACUACCACCACACUGUCAGAACCACCACUUGAGCCUAUGCUGAAUAUCACCACAACCUCAGAACCACAGCCUUCCAUGAUUAUCACCAUAGAGCCAUCACUGCCUACUGAGAGUAUUAACACAGAGUCAGAAACGCAGCCCAAACAGAGAACUACCACACACUCAAAAUCACAAACCACCACCACACACUCCAAGCACCAGCCCACCACAAAUAUUAUCCCACAUUCAGGACCACAGCCCAGUCAGAGAACCAGAGUAGCGCAUUCAAAACCACAGCCUACAUUGAAUACCACCAUACAGUCAGAACCACCCCAGCCCACACUAAAUUCCACCACAAACACACUCUCAAAACAACAAUCAACACAGAGUACCACCAUACUCUCACAACCACAUCCCACCCCAAGCCUUGAGCAGCCAGGUCCAGUUACACUCAGACCCAUAGUCCCAGAGUCACCUCUGAGGUCAUCAGAAGAGGUGAAAGGUCACGAUGGCUGUAAGGGAAAUAGUUCCCUUAGUGCUGGAGGGUCCCAGUCAGGGACAUCAGACUCAGACCAGCCCAAACAGACAGGUCCUCUAACCCGUAGGGCCCGUUUACCUAAACCCAAACCCAACUUGGGUCUCACCGCCAAAGCCACUACACGCUCUGCAGUCCAGGUACCAGAAAGCAGGCCAAGCACUGAAGUCCAGACACCAGAGGAAGCUGAUGAGGUUCCCAUGGAAAUACAACAGAUCCACCAAGUCGUCCCCCUUUCUGACAUCAUCGAUACGACCCAGGAGGAAAUACAACAGAUUCACCAAGUCAUCCCUCAUCCACCCAUAGAGGAGGGGCCUCUCAGACAGAGGGAGGGGACUGAUAUUGGACACGCCUCUCAGGUGGAAUCAGGUUCUGAAGUGUCAGAGGGCUCAGAGCAACAGACAACCUCACAGAGCAGGAGGAGCCACUUCCCUAAGGUCAAACCCAACCUGGGACAGGCUGCCAGGACCACACAACCCAAACAGACUACCACCACAUUGUCAGAACCACCACACACUACCACCACACUCUCAGAACCACAGCCCAUUCAGAGAACCAGAGUAGCGCAUUCAAAACCACAGCCUGCAUUGAAUAGCACCACACAGUCAGAACCACCCCAGCCCACACUAAAUUCCACCACAAACACACUCUCAAAACAACAAUCCACACAGAGUACCACCAUACUCUCACAACCACAUCCCACCCCAAGCCUUGAGCAGCCAGGUCCAGUUACACUCAGACCCAUAGUCCCAGAGUCACCUCUGAGGUCAUCAGAAGAGGUGAAAGGUCACGAUGGCCGUAAGGGAAAUACCUCCUCUUCCCUCAGUGCUGGAGGGUCCCAGUCAGGGACAUCAGACUCAGACCAGCCCAAACAGACAGGUCCCCCAACCCGCAGGGCCCGUUUACCUAAACCCAAACCCAACUUGGGUUGCACCGCCAAAGCCGCAACAUGCUCUGCAGUCCAGGCACCAGAUGUGGCUUCCAGACCCAAAUCUGAGGUCCAGAGACUAGAUACUGGACCCUGCCCUAAAGUCCAGACACCAGAGGAAGCUGAUGAGGUUCCCAUGGAAAUACAACAGAUCCACCAAGUCGUCCCCCUUUCUGACAUCAUCGAUACGACCCAGGAGGAAAUACAACAGAUUCACCAAGUCAUCCCUCAUCCACCCAUAGAGGAGGGGCCUCUCAGACAGAGGGAGGGGACUGAUAUUGGACACGCCUCUCAGGUGGAAUCAGGUUCUGAAGUGUCAGAGGGCUCAGAACAACAGACAACCUCACAGAGCAGGAGGAGCCACUUCCCUAAGGUCAAACCCAACCUGGGAUGGGCUGCCAGGACCACACAACCCAAACAGACGACCACUACACUGUCAGAACCAACACAGACUACCACCACACUGUCAGAACCACCACUAGAUUCUAUGCUGAAUAUCACCACAACCUCAGAACCACAGCCUUCCAUGAUUAUCACCAUAGAGCCACCAUUUCCUACUGAGAGUGUUAACACAGAGUCAGAAACGCAGCCCAAACAGAGAACUACCACACACUCAAAAUCACAAACCACCACCACACACUCCAAGCACCAGCCUACCACAAAUAUUAUCCCACACUCAGGACCACAGCCCAGUCAGAGAACCAGAGUAGCGCAUUCAAAACCACAGCCUACAUUGAAUACCACCACACAGUCAGAACCACCCCAGCCCACACUAAAUUCCACCACAAACACACUCUCAAAACAACAAUCUACACAGAGUACCACCAUACUCUCACAACCACAGCCCACCCCGAGCCUUGAGCAGCCAGGUCCAGUUACACUCAGACCCAUAGUCCCAGAGUCACCUCUGAGGUCAUCAGAAGAGGUGAAAGGUCACGAUGGCCGUAAGGGAAAUACUUCCUCUUCCCUCAGUGCUGGAGGGUCCCAGUCAGAGACAUCAAACUCAGACGAGCCCAAACAGACAGGUCCCCCAACCCGCAGGGCCCGUUUACCUAAACCCAAACCCAACUUCGGUUGCACCGCCAAAGCCACUACACGCUCUGCAGUCCAGGCACCAGAAAGCAGGCCAAGCACUGAAGUCCAGACACCAGAGGAAGCUGAUGAGUUUCCCAUUGAAAUACAACAGAUCCACCAAGUCUUCCCCCUUUGUGACAUCAUCGAUACGACCCAGGAGGAAAUACAACAGAUUCACCAAGUCAUCCCUCAUCCACCCAUAGAGGAGGGGCCUCUCAGACAGAGGGAGGGGACUGAUAUUGGACACGCCUCUCAGGUGGAAUCAGGUUCUGAAGUGUCAGAGGGCUCAGAGCAACAGACAACCUCACAGACCAGGAGGAGCCACUUCCCUAAGGACAAACCCAACCUGGGACGGGCUGCUAGGACCACACAAACCAAACCCCAACAGACUACCACCACACUGUCAGAACCACCACAGACUACCACCACACUCUCAGAACCACAGCCCAUUCAGAAAACCAGAGGAGCGCAUUCAAAACCACAGCCUGCAUUGAAUACCACCACACAGUCAGAACCACUCCAGCCCGCACUAAAUUCCAGCACAAACACACUCUCAAAACAACAAUCAACACAGAGUACCACCAUACUCUCACAACAACAGCCCACCUCAAGCCUUGAGCAGCCAGGUCCAGUUACACUCAGACCCAUAGUCCCAGAGUCACCUCUGAGGUCAUCAGAAGAGGUGAAGGGUCACGAUGGCCCUAAGGAAAAUAGUUCAUCUUCCUUCAGUGCUGGAGGGUCCCAGUCAGCGACAUCAGACUCGGAACAGCCCAAACAGACAGGUCCCCCAACCAGAAGGGCCCGUUUACCUAAACCCAAACCCAACUUGGGUCUCACCGCCAGAGCCGCUACGCGCUCUGCAGUCCAGGUACCAGAAAGCAGGCCAAGCACUGAAGUCCAGACACCAGAGGAAGCUGAUGAGUUUCCCAUGGAAAUACAACAGAUCCACCAAGUCUCCCCCCUUUGUGACAUCAUCGAUACGACCCAGGAGGAAAUGGAACAGAUUCACCAAGUCAUCUCUCUUACUGACGUCAUUGAUUCUACCCAAGGCGAUAUGUCUGUCUUUACGGAGGGAAGCUUUUUCUCGCAACAAAGUGAUGCUGUCUUCAUACAGCACUCAGAAACGUCUGUGUCGACUGCUCCGUUGGACCAGACCCAGUCAGACCAGGAUGAGCCUAUUUUCAUCCUCUCCCUGACUGAAAUCCCAGUGCUCCCCGCAGGGGAGGAGAGUGGCUACACAUCCCAGACCCUCUCUGAGCCUUUCCUAUUUCUACCAGACGCAGGCGCUCAACUGCAGCAGAGCAGUGAUAUUGUUGCCCCCGGAGGUGGUUUGGAGAAAGGGAAUGCUGGUGUCCUUUGUGAAGUCCCUGAGUCAAUGGAUGAGGUCCUUCCUCAAUCCUCAUACACCAGUAUCAAGGAAGUGGAGUCUGGCUCCACGGCGGGUCCAGUAGGUGUGUGUGCCUCGGCCAAACCCUCAGAAGACUCCAUGGCUGAUGCAGAGACUAGUGAGGACACGCAUCCUCCUUCUAAGAAGAGGAAAGCGCCAGAGAGAGCCAGGAGAGUAGACAAACUGCAGGUGAGACCUAACACUGCAGUAAGGGAACAGACCAGUUGUUCGGCCCCUGCCAAGGAGGCUGUGUCACCCAUUACCCCAGACCAGACACCAUCUUUGACCACUACCACCCUAGACACUUACUACCUCACUGCCUCCAGUCCCCUGGCCCAGCCAGGCCCCUCCAUCACGGGAACUGCAUCACAGCAGGGGACUGUGGGCUGUUUCGAUCGUACAGAGACCGAGCACACGCCGACUGGAGGGGAGGACAAUAGUUCAGGGGCGGAGUCUCAGGCUGCCCGUCAAAUUACACCGCUGGCUAUGAGUGGCCCCUUGAGCAGGCCUGGUAGGAGACCCAGAGGAUUCCUGUCUUUCAUGUCCAAUAAGAACGCCUCCCCUGUAGCUGCCCCCCCCCGAGGUACCAGAGCAGCCGCUCGGAGGCCCCAGGUCAACACCACCCGCCCAGGGGGGAAACGGGCUGCUCCUGAACUUUCCACCACAACCAGAACCAUGCCUUCACCUUCCAUAAUGCAUUACACCACCACCCCCACGAGGGCCACCAGAACCACCACUAAGCCAGAUUUUUCCACCAGGGUGACUCAGGAAAAACCCUCUGAUGCCCUGGCCUUACACUCAAACCCAGAGCCCAGUACUUCACUGUGUACUACAGCUACUGAGUCCUCUCAGGUGCCAGCCGCCCAGCCCAGUGCGUCUCCCUGUGUGGACAGCGGUUCAGCAGACGAGGAACCCAUCAACGUGUCCCAGUACUUCUUCAGUGACAUCUUCACCGAGGUCGAGGAGAAUGAGGGAUGAGAGACGGAGGAAGGGAAAGGAGAUCAAAAAGGCACUCUGACUCUUUGUUUGAAUCAAACUGGAGAACAAAAUGUUAAAUACUUAAGAAAACAUGUUUUUGUAUUUACCACUGAAAUUACGUUUCUGCUUGCUUGUGUUUACGCGAACAAGGUUUCAUGCUUGCAGCGAACAGAUUUGGUCACAAGAUGGCAACAGUGAAACCAAACUAGGGAUAAUUCCUCUUCAAAUUUUUGGGGGAGACCAAACUGGCACGCCUUUAAGCUACUUUCCUAUAUUGGAUGAUUACGUUUAUUUGGCUAUUUUACCCCAAUCAUAUCAUCUAGCCUAUUGAGUAAUCUAUUCAUUCUAAUAACAUAUUUAUAUUUAUUUGGUUUACAUUUUUUCAAACCACACCAAGCCAGACAUUCAUGAUAAUUUCCCUCUAUCUGCAAGAAGGAGAAUACUUGAAAUCAGUGUCAACUCACUCUACUACAGGGACUUUCACAUUCAAAUUUGUGUUCUUAUUUGAAAUAUUGUUUACAUAGGUAGCCAUUGUCUAAACAUGAGCAUUGUGUGUAUAUAUGUUUAUUAUCAUUUAGAUCUGAUAUAUUGGAGGGGUAUGUAUCCUUAACAUUUACUUUGGUUUUUCACUCUUCAUGCAUGAACAAGACCCAGCUUUGCAGCUUGAGGGACAGCACAGCAAUGUCUCUUUAUUUCAUGCUCCCUGAAGAUACAGGAAAUAUCACUUCAAAUGGCGCUGGAACAGAAUCCUCUAGUUUAAUCCGUGUACAGUGACAAACUCACAGAAACAGUGCACAGAUCAUGAGUCCAAUUUCAGUUCUCAAUUAUUGAUUAUGUUCUGCAGCCACUGUUGGUUCAAACUAACAUAGCUGUUCUGUAGCUCAUGUAAAAUAUGUGAAUAAAGUUUUAUAUGUUAACGUCAA